AUGACAAGCAGUGAGGGAAGCCGUGCUUCGCAGAGGAGAAUGGUUGAGGGUGAAUCAAGCAAUGCGAUUCAAGAGAAGAAAAGGUUGCAAGCCGAGUUGGAAGGAAUGAGUCAAAGGAUUGAAGUUUCUGAGGCUGAGGGCUAUAAUCAGGAAGAUUUGGAAUCUGAGAGUGAUAGAUUGAGGGAAGAGAGGAGGACCAAGAAGAGGAAGGACCCAAUAAGUAGUGAGAGCGAGCAAGGAGAGUUUGAUAUUGGGAUCAAUCAUGGAGAGGAGGAAAGUGAUAGCUCUCCAAGUGAAGAAGGAGAGGAGGUUAAUCAAGAGGUUGAUGAGAAUAACCAAGAUGAGCCAAUGGAGGAUGAACUUCCCAUGUUCCAAGAGCACUACAAUGCUCUCUUUUCCAUGGACUUUGUGGAAACCAAGUACCCUCAUGAAAAAACUAUGAAGGCUCUUCGAAUCUUCAAUGAUGUGGAGUUGAUGUAUGAUGAGGAGGAUAGAGCCGAUUUGGAUCAACGAUUGGGGUGGAUCACUUGGCUAAUGGAGUCAAAAGAAUGUGUGUGGGCUACAAUCGCUGAAGGAGAGUACUCAUCCUCACGGUCUAAGGCGGCUCAAAUCAGGAGCCCAGUGCUGAGGUAUGUGCACAAGGCACUAGCCAACACUUUCUUUGCAAGGAAAGCAACCGACACCAUUAAUGAGGGAGAGUUCAAGCUUCUUGAUAUGGGAAUCAAGCCCAUCCUCUCACACACAAGCGAUGGUAGGAGGAUCAAGGGAGAUAGAUCCAACACAGGAAACCUCAUGCCCUUCCUUGAUCAUCUCCUCACCUACAAGACCACGGCCUACAACACUCAAUUUCAACAAGGAAGACGGCUAAGUGUUGGAGGGCUCAUCACCCCUAUCAUGUGUGCUGCUGGCGUGAACCCAACUGAUAAGAAGGCUACUGAGCCUGGUUGGAUGGACAUCAAGUUUUGCAAGACCAACCUCCUCAUAGAUCACAAGGAAGUGAAUGGAAGAUACCAAUUCAAGUUCCCACACCCUACGGCUGGCCCUUCCAAGCUGCUUGAUAUCUUGCGUUUUUGA